AUGCUCGCCUACAACACCGACCUCUAUAGGAAUUUCUCAGCAGCUUCUCGAUCGCCGCAUGGUAUCGCCGGUAUUUCAGUAUUAGUCGAUUAUGGAAAGGAAACAAAUGAGGAGUUGUUGAAACUGACCAUAGCGACGGCAAGUAUUAUCUACAAAGGUAGGAGAGGAUUUGCGUUGCUUCCUCGAGAAUAUGAGAGUUGA